GCGGGGGCACCCAGGAGCGCCGGCCGGCCCUGCUGGGCGCCGCCGGCAGCCGCGGGGACGCGGCCCGAGCGGAGACAGGCGAACUGGCUGAUCGCCCUGCCAGAGAGCACCCGAAAUCCAUGGCAGAGAAGAGGAGAAUAAGGGACUUUCAGCAGGCUGAUACAGAACAUUUAUCUAAAUGGAAGAAAUGGAGAAGAACUAGCAGUAAAUCAUUGAAAAAAGCACUUGGUGAAGUCAAGGGCUUGUCAUCUUACCUGGUGCUUUGGCGACAUGAUAUUCACAGCAUAGAAGGGAAAUUUGGUACUGGCAUCCAGUCCUACUUCUCCUUCCUGCGCUUUCUGGUCUUGCUGAACUUUAUAAUUUUUAUCCUGAUGUUCAGUUUUGUUACUCUUCCCACCAUAAUUUCUAAAUACGGAAUAUUCAACAGUACCAUUGCUUACAUUUCUCCAAAGAACAUAGAUGAUACCUGCACCAUUUAUAAACCUAGUGGUAAUAAGGGACUUGUUUACUUCUAUACUUACCUCAAAGAUUUGCUCAGUGGCACUGGAUUCCUUGAAGUGACAAGUUUGUUUUAUGGCUAUUACUCAAUAGAUGCUGUAUGGAUCAGUAUCAUGAGCUAUAACUUGCCACUUGCAUACCUCCUGGCUACAUUUGCCUACCUGACCUUAAGUUCUCUCUGGAUAAUAAAGAGGUCUGUGGAAGGCUUUAAGCAAAACUUAGUGCAUGAUGCAGAUCCAUUUCAGAGUUAUUGUAACAAAGUCUUUGCAGGCUGGGACUUCUGCAUUACAGAUCCAAGUGCAGCCCGGCUGAAACAUCGCAGCUUGCAAUACGAGCUCCAGACGGACUUGCAGGAAGAAAAACUGAAGCAAAAAAUAGCUGAGAGGAAAAUGGGAGAAAAGCUACGCAUCUACACUCUGAGAAUAUUUAUAAAUAUAAUUGUCAUUGCCAUUUUAUCAGGAUGUUUUUACUCAAUUUAUAGAGUAACUGUCUUCUCUCAAGAAAACUCCAGUGACACUGGCAAUGUAAACUCCCAGGUUAAUCUCUUAGUGCAGUAUUUGCCUUCCAUGGUGAUCACACUGGCCAACUUCAUCGGUCCUCUGAUCUUUGCAUUUCUGAUCAGAUUUGAAGACUAUACACCAGCCUUUGAAAUCAAGCUGACACUCUUGAGGUGUGUCUUCGUGCGGUUGGCCAAUAUUGGCGUUCUCUUGUUCUCACUGUGGAGUCAGAUCGCCGGCUGUGGCAGUGACAAGUGUAAGCCCUGUGGAUACAAUUACAAACUCUAUCCUUGCUGGGAAUCUGAUGUUGGGCAAGAAAUGUACAAACUGAUGAUAUUUGAUUUUAUUGUAAUCCUUGCUGUGGCCCUGUUUGCGGACUUCCCCAGAAAGUUGUUAGUUACUCAUUGCUCUUGGAAGCUUGUUCAGUGGUUUGGACAUAAGGAAUUUGAAAUUUCUGACAAUGUCCUGGAAAUCAUUUAUGGGCAGACUAUUUGCUGGAUUGGAACAUUCUUUUCACCACUUCUCCCUGCAAUAGCAACUAUAAAAUACUUCAUCAUCUUCUAUGUUAAAAAGAUUGUUUUGAUACACACACGCAAACCUGCAGCAAGGCCUAUAAGGGCAUCAAGCUCCAACUUUUUCUUCCUGGUGGUGCUGUUGAUAGGGCUCCUCUUGGCUUUUAUCCCUCUGGGAUUCAGCAUAGCACGUAUCCCCUCUUCCAAGGCAUGUGGGCCAUUCAGGAAUUAUAACACUUCGUGGGAAGUUAUUCCGGAUACAAUACUUCAGUUUCCAACAGGUCUGCAGCAGAUCCUUUUUGGCAUUGCAUCAGAAGCCUUUGCAGUGCCUUUUUUUGUGAUCCUUUGCAUCAUAAUGUUCUAUGUUAUUGCCUUGGCUCGAGCACACAAACGAGUGGUUGAACAGCUGAGAGAACAACUGGUUUUGGUAAGAUCUGGCCCAACACUUUACUGACACAACAAAGAGAGCUUUAGGAGUACAGAAAUGAGGCAUGCAGAGGAAUAUUGGUUUUCAUAGUCUCCUGGAUAUUUGGUGUUUGCAA